AUGGCGUCGGCAGGCGACGUGUUCGACCAUGGACGCCAUGGCACCAGCCUUGCCAAAGUCGAGCAGGCCACGAGCUGCUGUGCGACCAGUCGCGUCGACGCGCAGCAGUCUCCUCCGAAGCCGCUGCUGGUGGCCGCCCCGUGCGACGCAGGGGAGUACCCGGUGGUGCUAUUCUUGCACGGCUACCUCUGCAACAACUACUUCUACUCCCAGCUGCUCCAGCAUGUCGCCUCCCAUGGCUUCAUCGUCAUCGCUCCUCAGCUGUACACGGUGUCCGGACCCGACACCACCGGCGAGAUAAACUUGGCGGCCGCCGUUAUCGACUGGCUCGCCGCCGGCCUCUCUUCCACGCUCGCACCCGGUAUUCGACCGAACCUAACUGCGGUGUCCAUCUCCGGCCACAGCCGCGGUGGCAAGGUGGCCUUCGCGCUCGGGCUGGGCCACGCCAAGACCUCCCUGCCUCUCGCGGCACUCAUCGCCGUCGACCCCGUGGACGGCACCGGCAUGGGCAACCAGACGCCUCCGCCAAUCCUGGUCUACAAGCCGAACACGCUGCGGGUCCCGGCGCCGGUCAUGGUCAUCGGCACGGGCCUCGGCGAGCUGCCUCGCAACGCCCUGUUCCCGCCGUGCGCACCUCUGGGCGUGAGCCACGCGGAGUUCUACGACGAGUGCUCGGCGCCGGCGUGCCACCUCGUGGCGAGGGACUACGGGCACACCGACAUGAUGGACGACGUGACGACGGGCGCCAAGGGGCUGGCCACGCGCGCCCUCUGCAAGAGCGGCGGGGCCAGGGCGCCCAUGAGGCGAUUCGUCGCCGGCGCCAUGGUGGCGUUCCUCAAGAAGUGGGUGGAGGGGAAGCCGGAGUGGUUGGAUGCCAUGAGGGAGCAAACUGUGGUCGCGCCUGUGGUGCUGUCCGUGGUGGAGUUCCGUGAUGAAUAG